AUGCUCCCGACGCUCAAGAUCGCUGAUUUGAACGACGUCCCCUCUUCCCAGCGAAUCUUCAUCGUCGGAGGAGGUAUCGUAGGCGCAGCACUUGCAUUCCAUCUCUCCCAAGAGAAAAAGGGAUGCCAGAUUGUCCUCAUUGACAGAUGCUUACAGAAGCCUCUGGGGUCUACAGGCCAUGCCCCAGGCUUCGUUGGCCAACUCAACGAGUCACCUAUACUGACUCGACUCGCUAAAGAUACUGUUUCAGAGUACAUCACCAUUCCCGGUGGCUUCAACACCGUCGGUGGCUUGGAACUUUCAUCAACACCAUCAGGCGUGGAAACAUUAUAUCGCCGACGGGAGCUAGCACAGACUGCUGGCCUGCCCGCUGAGAUCAUCACCCCAGAGGCAGCGGCAUAUCUUGUUCCGGACUUCAUUGACGCCGAGACAGUGAAGCUUGGUUUGCAUUUCGCAUCGGAUGGGACAGCAAAUGCGCAAGUCAUCACCUCUUACUACUUUGAUCAAGCUCGAAGCCGAGGUGUAGACUUUGUUGAGGCUUCUGUCACUGGCUUCUCAACGACAGAUCGCAAUAAUGGACAGGUUGCGCAGAUAGCAGCUAUUCAGACCACAGAAGAGGACAUCUACUUGCAAGGCAGUACUGUCAUUCUCGCAACUGGUAUUUGGACUUCGUCAUUGACAGGCACUGCUGCCGUCGGUGAUAAAGGUUCAAUCACAGACCUUCCGAUUCCUAUUGUUCCAGUUGCGCACCCUUACACCUUCACUUCACCUCGACCUCUCCGCACUGGAUCUCCAUACCCAUUCGUUCGCUGGCUCGAUUAUCAUGUCUACGCCAGAGACCAUGGAGAUCGCGACGGGUUGGGGAGUUACGACCACGCUCCACUGCAGCUGGACCCGGUUGAUACGGCCAUCGGAGCAUGGCCCUCGAGCUUCGACCAAGUUCUAUCCAAAGCGACCUCUCUUUUGAAGAACGGUGAUCAAUUCCAAGUCCAUGGAAAUGACACCGACUCGGAUCCCUGGGCCGUGAAACGACCAUUCAAUGGCAUCUUCUCGGUGACGCCCGACAACCUCCCACUUGCAGGAAAGGUGCCGGAUAUUGCCAAUUUGUGGAUGUGCGCUGCAAUUUGGGUUACUACUGCUGCUGGUACGGCGAAACUGGUGUCACGGAAGAUUCUUGGGAAGGCUGAGAAUACUUCCACUUCUGAAGAUGAGGGGCUCCUGGAAGCUUUGAGUCCUGCACGUUUCCAAGGAGUUGGAGCAGAGACUCUUGCCAAUCAGGCUUUGGGAAAAUAUAACGAUAUCUACAAUAGAGACACUCAGGGUCAUUGA